UGCCCUGCCCGCCGCCCCCCCGCCCUGGCGGACGGGAUCCGCUGCCAUCCUCCCUCCGCGUUCCCUUCUGGACCGGCCCGGCUACAGGACUGAGACGCCGAGAGGCCGCUGCCUUCCGACCGCCGAGCAUUGGGCGCCCAGCAUGGCAGGAGCUGGCGGUGGUGGGAAUGACAUUCAGUGGUGUUUUUCUCAGGUGAAAGGCGCUGUGGACGAUGAUGUAGCGGAAGCUGACAUAAUAUCUACAGUAGAAUUUAAUCAUUCUGGAGAAUUGCUAGCGACGGGAGACAAAGGCGGUAGAGUUGUCAUAUUUCAACAAGAGCAGGAGAACAAACUACAGUCUCACAGCAGAGGUGAAUACAAUGUUUACAGUACCUUCCAAAGCCAUGAGCCAGAGUUUGACUACUUGAAAAGCUUAGAAAUUGAAGAAAAGAUCAACAAAAUUAGGUGGUUACCCCAGAAAAAUGCUGCUCAAUUUUUAUUGUCUACUAAUGACAAAACAAUAAAACUAUGGAAAAUCAGUGAAAGAGAUAAACGGCCAGAAGGCUACAACUUGAAAGAAGAAGAUGGGCGGUAUAGAGACCCCACAACAGUCACUACUUUACGGGUGCCAGUAUUUAGGCCCAUGGAUCUCAUGGUGGAAGCCAGUCCACGAAGAAUAUUUGCCAAUGCUCACACGUAUCACAUCAACUCUAUCUCCAUUAAUAGUGAUUAUGAAACGUACCUGUCUGCGGAUGACUUGAGGAUUAAUUUGUGGCAUCUAGAAAUCACGGAUAGAAGUUUUAAUAUCGUAGAUAUUAAGCCUGCCAAUAUGGAAGAGCUGACAGAGGUAAUAACAGCAGCCGAAUUCCACCCAAACAGCUGCAAUACCUUUGUGUACAGCAGUAGCAAAGGAACUAUUCGCCUGUGUGACAUGCGUGCAUCAGCUCUUUGUGACAGGCAUUCAAAACUGUUUGAGGAGCCAGAGGAUCCAAGCAGCCGAUCCUUUUUCUCAGAAAUCAUCUCCUCCAUCUCAGAUGUCAAAUUUAGCCAUAGUGGUCGAUAUAUGAUGACUAGAGAUUAUCUGUCUGUGAAAAUUUGGGAUUUAAACAUGGAAAACCGACCUGUGGAAACAUACCAGGUACAUGAAUACCUCAGAAGUAAACUUUGUUCGCUCUAUGAAAAUGACUGCAUUUUUGACAAAUUUGAGUGCUGCUGGAAUGGGUCAGAUAGCGUUGUCAUGACCGGCUCCUACAACAACUUCUUCCGCAUGUUUGAUAGAAACUCAAAGCGUGACAUCACAUUAGAAGCUUCUCGGGAAAACAAUAAGCCUCGUACGGUUUUGAAACCCCGUAAAGUCUGUGCAAGUGGCAAGCGGAAGAAGGACGAGAUAAGUGUUGAUAGCUUAGACUUCAACAAGAAGAUCCUCCACACAGCCUGGCACCCCAAGGAAAACAUAAUUGCUGUAGCCACUACAAACAACUUGUAUAUAUUUCAAGACAAAGUGAUCUAGGGUAGUGGUCCUAUCAGACAGUUCACUUCCUGUCUAGUUCAGAUAGGUGAACUUAGCAUUUGUAAACAAUAUAGGAGAGAAAAUGGAGCAAGAGAGAGAGGUCCGUUGCGGUGCACCUUCCCCAGUGUUUAAACAAUGUGCCAUAGUGACAACCCAUUUUUCUAGAUAGCUACAUGGAUGGUCUUUCUCUCUCUUUGUUGGGCAGUUCUCCACAUCCACUAGCCAUUUAGGUGAGGGUAGGGCACUUUUUAAUGUAAAAUGACUACUUGCACCAUCUCACCUAAUGGACUAGAGAUUGGAUCGUUGUCAACAUUGGGUUCCUCCAGUUUUUUAUGCCUUCCAUUGUGAUGACGUCAGCCACAGAGCAAAGCCUUCAAGUGAUGCUGUGGGAUUUAAUUGUGUAACCUCAUUACUGUAUUAUUUGUGGCCCCCUUUUUUUUAAUUAAAUAACAGCUUGUUCUUGCUGUGGCUUGUAGCAUUC